CUGUCUCUCUCUCACUCUCAUUUGUCAGCUUUCAUUUGUCACCUUCUCUCUCAGUGAUUGCCUCGUUGCCUAUUGUUACAAUUCUCCAUCAAUUUCUCAUUUGUUUUUGUUUUAUCUUAUGGCUUGCAGUCCUUAAUUUAUAAACAAACCCAGCUCAUGUUUUUCCUUUAACCAGCAUCUCUUUCAUUGCCUACUUGUUCCUUGCUAAGAUUCCCUCCACCACAUUCUUCCUUGAAGAUCAAAACCAAAUCUUUUCUUCUUCUUGGAUUGUUGCUGUGCCAACUGCCAACUGCGGAGCCAGUAGUUUGAGUUGCAGGCAUUCAACUACUAAUAUGCCUUUGGCAUCUUGGCAACUGGGUUUUGUCUGAAGUUUCCUCAAGUGCUUUGAAUUUCGCUGAGGAGAGCUUGAAGAUUCAGUGUGAAGAAAGGUUUUAGUAUCAGCAGCACAAAUGGCAUCGUCUUUGGAGGAUCUUCUAGCAGAAGAUGGGUUUAAAGGAAGAAAAUCAUUGACCAGGUCGAGGACUUCCUACCAUUCUGGUUCAACUAUACGUCAUUUUCCAAAUUCAGAAGAACACAGGAAACGUUCCAUGUCAGGAGAUAGAAUAAGGCCAGAGAAAACAAGGUCUGAUGUGUCUCGGUACGGUGUGAGAAAUAAUCUGCCAACAGGUAAUGAUAUUAGAGGAAGGAGACCAAGAGAAGAUCUUCUUGUAAGAGACAAAAUAGAAGGAGGAUCAAAGAAAGAAAUUAGGGAUGGACUUGGAGGAAAAGGUCCUACCAGCCACGGUGUGUGGGAAGCUAGAAGUUUAAAUAGCAUUUUUCCCCAGAAUCAGGCAGCAAAUGAGAUAGUUGAGGUUGAUGAUGAAGACUUUGAGAGAUACAAGGACAUAUAUUCAAAUGAACUGUAUAGCUCGGAAAGAAGGAAGGAUAAGUAUUCUAAUGGAAGUACGGAAAACGAAGUAUUUGAAGAGAGGUCAAAGAAGGAGACAGAGGUGGACAGGAAACAUAGCCACAGUUCAAGUUCAAACAAACAUGUGGCUGGACGUACAAGUUUUAGUGAGAAUAAUAGGCAAAGCAGGAAACAGCCUGAGACCUCUCAUGACAGAUCAAGGAGAGAUUCAUCAUAUAGCAAAAAUUCUGAAGAUGCUCGUGGUAAAAAGCAUGACAAAGUCUUACGGGCAGUUUCUGAACCUGCUCUCGAUGAAAUUGCUAUCCAAGCCAUGGUCUCCAUCCUAAGUGGAUAUAUUAAACGUUUUCUCAAAGAUGACAACUUCCGGAGUGCACUAAGAGACAACUGUAUCUCCUCCCUAAACUUUAUUCAUCAGGAAGAAGGGCAUUCUGAGAGCAGAAUCAUAGCCAGCCUUGAGCAGGCAAUUGAAACAGUGGAAAAGGCUGCAGAGGAAUCUGCAAGUGAAAAGGAUUUAAAAAGAGCUUCUUUGCAGCUUAGUGUUAUUACAGGUUUGAACUCAGCUGAUUUGAAGGAUGGAUUUACAUCUGGGGUUCCUAACUAUAAAUUGUCAGCUUGUGCUCAUCUCUACCUCAGUGUGGUGUAUAAGCUAAAGAAGAAAGACAGGGUAUCAGCUAAGCAUCUUUUGCAAGUGUUUUGUGAUACGCCCUUUCACGCAAGAACGACAUUGUUGCCUGAAUUAUGGGACCACCUGUUUCUUCCGCAUCUUUCACAUUUAAAGGUUUGGUAUGAUCAAGAAGCUGAUUCUCUAGCAGAUAGACAAAACAAGCCAAGGAAACUGAAGCUUUUAGGAAAGGCGUACAAUGAAAUUUUAGAUUCUGGUACUUACCAAUUUGCAGUUUACUACAAGGACUGGCUUACAGAAGGAGCUGAAUCUCCUUCCAUCCCUUCCAUUCCUAUCCCAUCUGUAUCUCUUCAGGAAGUCCAGCAGGGAGGUUCUCAUAGUCAUUCUUCAGAGGCCCCUAGUCCAGGUGGUCCCCAGUCAAUGGUCAGCAAAAGACUGUACGAUUCUGUGUUUGGUCGUUCAAGUAAACCUGAAUCUGAUGAGGCUGAAGAUGAUGGAGAUAUAGAAAACUUUGAUAGUUGUAUGAGAAGUUCUGAUGGUUCAGCUGAUGCUAAACAAACAAGUCAGCACUCUUCUGAAACAGUUCAAUAUAGGUACCAAGAUGUUGAAGAAGAAUCCACUAAGAGUGCACCAGAAGAUGGAUUUCUUUCUGAAAAUGGACUCUUAAUGACAGAAGAGCAAAAGUGGGGUUAUCUUGGAGUGAGUGAUCUACCAGAAAGUGACCUAAAUCAUCACUUUGAUAACAUAUGUGGAGAAAAUACAGAAAGCACCCAGAUGCUGCAUGCAUCAGCAUGUGCAAAAGAGAAUAAGCUUACCCUCAAAACCCGUGAAAAAUCCGUUUAUGAACAGCAACGCGCGGAGGGUUCUACUGUUUCAAAUUGCAGUGAAGCAUCAAUUACCAGCUCUAUUGUAAAUCCAAUCAAAGAAAGGUCUUCUUUUGAAGAGUUACAUGGAAAUUACUUUGACGAAGGAAUCAUUUUCUGGUGCAUUCCCCAGGACUUCAUUUGCCCUCUAACUGGAAGGUUGUUUGAAGAUCCAGUGACUCUAGAGACUGGUCAAACCUUUGAGCGGUUAGCCAUCAAGGCAUGGUUUGAUAAAGGAAACAGAACAUGUCCUGUGACAGGAAAAUCAUUGGAAUAUCUAGCAGUGCCUCUUCACAACUUCAUCUUAAAGCGUGUGAUUCAUAGUUGGAAAUCUGAACAUUGUAGGAAACUCUUGGCUUUUGCCUCUCAAGUAGUGGGGACCUCAGGGAGAGAUGGAUCCAAACACUAUGAUGAGAUAGCUAUCUUCGUGCUAGAGCAGCUUCUCACUUGUUUCAGCAAAGAGGAAAGGACAGAAAAUGCCAAGCACCUUACGUCUCUUGGAGGCUUGCAGUUUCUUCUUCAAUGGUUUGAAUUAGGAAAGGUGGAAGAGAAAUCUCGUGCUGCAGUGCUGUUGUCCUGUUGUAUAGAAGCAGAUGCAGAUUGUAGGAAUAUAAUAGCAAGAGACAUUAACAAACAGUAUGUUAUGGAACUACUUCAGAGCAAGCAGAUUAAGAUAAGAACAAAUGCAGUGUUGUUGUUGACAGAACUGAUUUGCCUGAAGAGGAAGAAUGAUGUCACAACAUUUCUCAGUGGCUUGCAGAAUGAAGGGAUUGUGAAUACAAUGGACGUUUUGCUUGUGUGUCUCCAGAGUUCUCCAGCCAAUCACAGACCCUUGGUUGCAGUACUUUUGUUACACGUAGAUCUUCUGGUAGAAGUAGAACCUCAGAAGUAUGGUAUGCAUAGAGAGGAAGCUGUUGAUGCAAUUACAGAGGCUCUUGAUUGCAGCUUAACUGAUGCGAAUGUCCGAGAGAAUUGUUGCAAAGCACUUCUUAUCUUGAGAAGGUACUUCUCUUUCUCAGGGAAAUUGUUGUCGCGAAGUUGGAUCUUAAAGCCAACAGAUUUUGGUGGCAGUUGUGAAGUGAAUUCACUUGACAACGAAGAUGGUUCACUGGCUCAUGGCGCAUCUCCAUCGGAUGACGAAGACAAUUCCAUUGAAGAUUGGUUGAGGAACUUGACAGUUACACUGCUUGGUAAUGGGAAAAAGUCUUUUUUAGAAACCCUUUCAAAGUGUUUAGGAUCUGAAAACUUGGAUUUGAUGAGGGUGUGCCUAAUCACGGCGGAAUGGUUGAGCCGUGCACUUUCUUCACUAUCUGGUUCUGAGUUUCAGCUCACAGCCUUCUCAUCUCUCAUUUUUCCACUAAAAGAGAGGCUGAAGAAUGGUGAGCAGGUUGAGCAGAAGAUCCUUGCUUCAGUGUCUAUGCUCAACUUCAGCAAAAUAUCUGAAUGCAGGGUGCUUUUAAGGGAAAGCACAGAAGAUAUUGCAGUUCCUCUAGAAAACCUUGCUGAAGUAACAUGGAGUGCAAAACUGCUACAUGCCAUUAUUUCUGGAGAAAACCUUUAAUCUAGUAUGAAAGACAUGCUAGGAUUGUUCCUCUGUAAUAAUUACAAUUUUGCAGGCGUUUUACAUUUUUUUAGGCAAAGAUGGGCGUAAUAUAUUACAGCUUCAAAAAAAAAAAAAGGGUUUUCAGUAUAUAUAGAAGAAUGAAUAAGCAAGAAAACCUUAGAGCAUUUCUGCUGCUUUCCUAAGUCUUAUUUAGUCAGGAAUUUCAAGAGUACUAAAGUGAAUUACAGUGAGCUAUGUAUUGCUUGUAGCAAAAAUAUUUGUAUAUAACUUUUUUGAUCUUUUUCCUA